UAUGUCUAAAUUAUAUGAUACAAAUAGAAAAUUCAAUAAUUCAAAAUAAAGAUGGGUAUAUUUAUAAUAAUAUAAUUUUCUACAGGAAACAUUAACAGCCAAUAUUCCAAACAAAGAAAAUAUCUAAAUGAAUAACAAAAAUACAGUAAAAAAAACCAUUAAAAAAUGCUCAACUGCUAUCACUUUCCAAAAAAAAUAACCCUUACCUCAAAGAACAAUAACUAAAUAUUUCAAAAUGACAAACAUUAAAAAAUAUCCACAUUUAUAGUUAUAUGAUUCUAAAGGAUAUGUAAGAGAGUUCUAAUGUUAUGAUGACAAAGUACUCAACAUACCCCCAGCUUAUAACUAAACUAUUUCACAUGUAUAUAAUCUAAAUAAUUAUUAAAGUCUAUGGAUAAUGAUUGUUAAUCUGAUAAUGAAUAAGUUGAAUCUGCAGUAAGAUAACUCAAAUAUUUUCUCGAAUCUACUUUAAAUUAAUACAAAUAAUAACACUCUUAAUGA